AUGUCCCGGUCCAACAGCGUCAGCCCCCCGGGCUUCGGCGGCCCCGCACCCUGGGCAGGCACCGAGCAGCACCGCUCAGCUUGGGGUGAAGCGGAGGCCCGGGCCAAUGGCUACUCCUACCCACCGCCUCCCAACAGGUCCUCGGGCAAGAAGGCCUCCCGCAUGUCGAGCAGGUGGAGGAGCGAGGAAGACUACGAGCCUCAGGCGCGCAGGAGCCGCGGGGAGAGCGGCUGCAGGAUGACGAGCUUUAGGUCCAAAUCUGCCUGGCAGGAGCACGGUGACGACAGCCGACGUCAUCGGUCCCACCACCCGCCCGGCAGUGAUUCCCCUGCUGCCCCCAAUAAUGCCAGCCUCCGGCAGCUGGAGGAGCAGGGGGAGGUACGGCCCCGAUCUGUGGAGCUGGGGCUGGAGGAGAAACGCAUUAAGGCCAAGAUUGAGGAGCUGGAGGAGGAGGACGGGGACGAGGGGGACUCCGAAGUGGCCUUCUCCAUGGGCGGCUGUUGCAAUAGCCUGCUGCAGAUCUUCAGGUCCAAGAAGUUCCAGUCGGAAAAACUAGAGCGCCUCUAUCAGCGCUACUUCUUCCGGCUCAACCAGAGUAGCCUCACCAUGCUCAUGGCUGUGCUGGUGCUGGUCUGUGUGGUCAUGCUGAUCUUCCAUGCUGCACAUGGCCACUAUGAGGUAUCCUACGUCGUGGUGCUCUCUCUGGCCAUCCUGCUGAUGGUGGUGCUGUGUAUGGUGUGCAACCGCAAUGAAUUUCACCAGGACCAUAUGUGGUUGGCGUGCUACUCUGUUAUCCUGGUGAUUCUGGCAGUGCAAGUGGUAGGGGUUCUACUGGUGUGGCCCAGGAGUGCCUCGGAAGGCAUCUGGUGGACCGUCUUCUUUAUCUACAGUAUCUACACGCUGCUGCCUGUGCGAAUGAGGGCUGCGGUCAUCAGCGGGGUGGUGCUCUCCGCCAUCCACCUGGCCGUCUCCCUCAAGAUCAACGCAGAUGAUAAGUUCCUCUUGAAGCAGCUGGUCUCCAAUGUUCUCAUCUUCUCCUGUACAAACAUUGUAGGCGUGUGUACCCACUACCCUGCAGAGGUGUCCCAAAGGCAGGCUUUCCAGGAGACCAGGGAAUGCAUACAAGCCAGGCUGCAUUCUCAGAGGGAAAACCAGCAGCAGGAGCGUCUCCUGCUAUCUGUACUUCCUCGACAUGUUGCCAUGGAGAUGAAAGCUGACAUUAAUGCCAAACAGGAAGAUAUGAUGUUUCAUAAGAUCUACAUCCAGAAGCAUGACAACGUCAGCAUCCUCUUUGCAGACAUAGAGGGUUUCACAAGCCUGGCCUCCCAGUGCACUGCGCAGGAGCUGGUCAUGACACUGAAUGAGCUCUUUGCCAGAUUUGAUAAGCUAGCCGCUGAGAACCACUGUUUACGUAUCAAGAUCCUGGGUGAUUGCUAUUACUGUGUGUCUGGAUUGCCAGAAGCAAGAGCUGACCAUGCUCACUGCUGUGUGGAAAUGGGGAUGGAUAUGAUAGAGGCCAUCUCACUGGUUCGGGAGGUGACAGGAGUAAAUGUUAACAUGAGGGUUGGAAUCCACAGUGGGAGAGUUCACUGUGGGGUCUUGGGCCUUAGGAAGUGGCAGUUUGAUGUGUGGUCCAAUGAUGUAACGUUAGCCAACCACAUGGAAGCCGGGGGCAAAGCUGGGCGCAUCCACAUAACAAAAGCAACCCUGAACUAUCUCAAUGGAGACUAUGAGGUGGAGCUGGGCUUUGGAGGGGAACGCAACGCUUAUCUGAAAGAGCACAGUAUUGAGACCUUCUUGAUUGUACGGUGCAGCCAGAAACGGAAAGAUGAGAAAGCCACGAUAGCCAAGAUGAACCGUCAGCGUGCUAAUUCCAUCAGCCAUAACCCACCACACUGGGGUGUUGACCGGCCCUUUUAUAACCACCUCGGAGCUCACCAGGUCUCCAAGGAAAUGAAGAGAAUGGGUUUUGAGGACCCCAAGGACAAGAAUACACAGGAAAGUAUGAACCCAGAAGAUGAAGUGGAUGAGUUUCUUGGCCGUGCCAUCGAUGCCAGAAGUAUUGAUCGGUUACGCUCUGAGCACGUGCGCAAGUUCCUCUUAACAUUCAGGGAGCCUGACUUGGAGAAAAAGUACUCCAAGCAGGUGGAUGACAGGUUUGGAGCCUAUGUGGCUUGUGCCUCCCUAGUCUUCCUCUUCAUCUGCUUCGUUCAAAUCAUAAUCAUGCCACACUCUGCGUUUAUGCUGGGGUUUUACCUCACCUGUUUCCUGAUCCUGACUACGGUGGUGUUUGUCUCAGUCAUUUACUCCUGUGUAAAGCUUUUCCCAGCUCCACUCCAGACUCUUUCUAGGAAGAUUGUACAGUCCAGGACCAAUAGUACCUUAGUUGGAGUCUUUGCCAUUAUCCUGGUUUUUCUAUCUGCCUUUGUCAACAUGUUCAUGUGCAGCACUGUGGAUCUUGCCAGCUGCAUGGCUGCAGAAUACAAUAUCACUCCGGAUCAGGUCGAUGUAUGCCUUAUCAGCAACCUGACUUCCAACUACAGCCUGGGCACCUUGCAGGGAUUCUGUGACAGUCCUUUGCCCAACUGCAACUUUCCAGAGUACUUUACCUACAGUGUCUUACUGAGUCUGCUGGCCUGCUCUGUGUUCCUUCAGAUCAGCUGUAUUGGAAAACUGAUCCUUAUGUUAAUCAUUGAAUUUAUCUAUGUUCUCAUUGUGGAAGUGCCAGGGGUCAACCUUUUUGACAAUGCAGAUCUCCUGGUUACAGCUAACAUCUACGUGUCUGAAAAUGCAACGUUGUCAUGCUCUCCAGUGACCACACGAGUUGCACUGAAGAUCGUGACCCCUGUCAUCAUUACUGUCUUUGUCCUGGCACUGUACUUGCAUGCCCAGCAAGUAGAAUCCACUGCAAGACUUGAUUUCCUCUGGAAACUCCAGGCCACUGAAGAGAAAGAAGAAAUGGAGGAGCUGCAGGCGUAUAACAGACGCCUCCUCCACAACAUUUUGCCCAAGGAUGUGGCAGCCCAUUUCUUGGCUCAGGAGCGGCGAAAUGAUGAACUGUACUACCAGUCCUGUGAGUGUGUGGCUGUCAUGUUCGCUUCCAUAAGCAACUUCUCAGAGUUUUACGUGGAGCUGGAGGCCAACAAUGAAGGGGUGGAGUGUCUGAGGCUGCUCAAUGAAAUCAUUGCCGAUUUUGAUGAAAUCAUAAGUGAAGACCAGUUUCGGCAACUGGAGAAGAUCAAGACCAUUGGCAGUACAUACAUGGCUGCAUCAGGCCUCAACGAUUCCACCUACGACAAGGAAGGGAAGACACACAUCAAAGCUCUGGCUGAUUUUGCCAUGAGGUUAAUGGACCAAAUGAAAUACAUUAAUGAACAUUCAUUCAACAACUUCCAGAUGAAGAUAGGCCUCAAUAUUGGUCCUGUUGUAGCUGGGGUGAUAGGAGCACGCAAACCCCAGUAUGACAUAUGGGGCAACACGGUGAAUGUAGCCAGCCGGAUGGACAGUACCGGUGUGCCUGACAGGAUUCAGGUAACCACAGACAUGUACCAGGUUUUAGCAGCCAACAACUAUCAGCUGGAAUAUCGAGGGGUCAUUAAGGUUAAAGGCAAAGGAGAAAUGACCACCUACUUUCUAAAUGAAGGGCCUCCGAUUAGUUAG